GAGGAUAGGAUAAUAUCGGUGCGCGUCCUCCUGCGGAGGUGCCCUUUCGCGGGGCCCCGUAGUUAUACCCUUUCGUAGCCGAUUUGAUUGCGGCCGAAUUUGUACGAUGUAGUUAUGCCGAAGAAGGGUACGAGACAUGUGAAGGAAUCGGGGAAUACGAGAAGUGCUCAGCAGCUGCACGAGGGCUGCGUUGUGCUACCCGGCCUGACAGCUGCGGCAGCGCCGACAGCGACAACGACAACCGCCGUCUCAAAAGUGGCGACAGCGAAGCACUUUCGUAGCAUACACAUCGGCGUAACGAACCGCAAGCGCUGGCUGUCACUGAAAAAACGACUGGGAUUGACAACGGACGAGGAUGUCGCGGUAUAUUUGCUGGACCUCGCGGAGUCCGAGGUCGCUGCCACCUCUUCCAGCAGACAAGAAAGUGAAUGUAACAGAGCAAAGAAUGAUAAUGCAAAUCAAGUUAAGAAUCUUGAUGAAGAAGUUGUCAAGAUUAAAGGCCCAACCAAGGAAGAGGAAGAAGAAAAUGAAAUGGGAGAGAUCGCUUCUAGUAGUUCGAAGAAACAAGAUUCCAUACCUGGUACAGACAAAAUAUAUUCUACUAAUACAAUAAAUGAGACCAUGCCGUCGGAAGUGCCAGACGAUGUAAUUAAAUUGCAUGUGCGACGUAGCUCAAAGUCAAAGCAUCAUAAAAAUAAGACAAAGCACCACAAGGACAAGCGGAAGAAGCGGCGACAUUCGAAGAACGAUAUUGAUAAUAUCUCCAAACUAGACGGAUCUGAAUGUACCGGCGAAAACGUUUUGAACACACAAAAUGGUUCAAUAGAGAAUAGAGAUUUGAAUAAUUGCGAAACGAUGGUAGUUUGUGGGUUAGAUGAUAAAUCAAAAUUAGGCGUAGAGAGCUUUGGACUUAAUACAAAGGAUGUUGAAUCCAUCACUACAAAGACUGAAGACAUAGAUAGCAUAACAUUUAUAAACAAUGUAAAUAAUAGGACGAAUAGCGACAGAUGCAACCUGAAAGUCAUCGGUAUACCUGGCGAAUCGACGGAGGAUAUCUUAGAAGAUAAUAGAGUUACCAAACUACAAUUUAACAACACAACAACGUUAUCCUUUUCGAAACGCACGUGUAAUACCGAGGAUUUGAACAAAGACGUAGAAUAUUUAUCAAAUCCAGUAUCUAAUAACAACAGUACAGUAGCAGCACAAGCUGUAGACGCACCUGAAAAAGAGAACAAGUCAAGUUUAACACUUUGCGUGGAAUCACAUGAAUAUAAUAAUGUGGUGUCUCACAACGCGUUAAAAGAUGAAGAAGUGAAGGACACGGCGGAGGAUCGCAAACUGAAGAAAAGACGAAAACGUCCGCGUCAUGACGCGCAAGUCGAGAAUUCUGCAAAAGACAUUUCUGAAAACAAUACUACGGACGAGCUGACAGUUCUCAAGCACCGACGAAAGAAACAUAAACACACAAAUGAUCACAAAACUAAGAAAUAUCACGACGUUCGAAAAGCGCCGCAGGACGGCAUUGUUGUUCAAGAAGAGGCGCAAGAUCCGUGCGCGGCGGAACCUGAAUUAUCGUCGUCAUUAAUAGGAGUCGAAAAAAUUGCGAAAGGCGCUGAUAGCGUUAUAUCGGAACCGCAAAGACUAGCGAUCAAAAUUAAACUCUGUCAGGAAUGCAAUAGUCGUCAUCUGCAAGACGCGUGUCCCUUGAUGACGCCGCAGUAUGUGAUAGCCGAUUCGAUUACCUAUGAGGAAUGGCUAAGUAAACACAAGGAGAACACGGACGUGAUGAAAGCGAUUAAGUCGGAGGAUCCGAUGUCGGACGGUUACGGUCGACCGGCGGACGAUGGCUUUGAGUCAGACGACGAGUCGGUAAUGUCCAAUGAACAGUGUAAAGUCAAAUCGAAAGCACAGAGAGAAGAGAAACAAUUGUUGAUGGACACGGAUCGGCCGUUGUACGCGAGAGAGUCCCUCCCGGAUUGCUUUGAGCUGAAAAUAUCACAUACCGACCACGGUCUGGGCGUCUACGCCAAGAAACCGAUCCCGACGUACGCCAAGCUGGGUCCACUCGUUGGCGUGCUUGUCAGAGAAAUGGAUAUCCCGGACGAUUUUUCGAUGCGUCAUAUUUGGGAGAUAGAUAAUAAUGGAAAGAGUGGCUAUAUUAGUACUACAGAUCCAUUGAAAAGUAAUUGGAUUCGAUAUAUUAGACCGGCUAAGUUCAAGGAGAAGAGGAACGUUGCAGUAAUCAUCGAACAGGGCCAUCUGUAUCUAGUUACAACUCAAAAUAUCACUUCGGGAACGGAGCUCAUUUAUUGGGUAGAUUCGCAAUCUUCCGCAUGGACGAGAAAGAAUAAAAUAGAUAAAACAAAUUGUGGCGGAUGCAACCUUAAUUUCGCACAUCCGAUAUAUUAUCGAUUGCACUGCUGCAUCUUUCACGACACUAAUUAUAGUUUAACCAUAAGGAAAUAUCACUGCAAGGUUUGCGGUGCCGCUGUACUCGGCAAAGAUAAUAUCAUGAAACACGCGGCGGAGAUGCACGCAGGUCGCGGAGCAUAUCAGUGUCAAUAUUGUAAGAAGUUCUUCUUGAGGUUGAAUUAUCUGGAAAUGCACAGAACUUACGGUUGCGCACAGAAUCCUCAACGGUCGCGACCUUUGUGCGACUUCUGCGGUCGUAAGUUCUGUCAGCCGCAGAAACUCAAAGUACACAUCAAAAGAAUGCAUAGUGAUAUAUCUGAAGUGCUCAAAGAAUUCCAAUGUAAAAUGUGCUUAAAAGUCUUGGGCUCCCGUGCGGCUCUGCAGCGUCACAUGAAAGAAGUUCAUCAUAAAGAUGUCGUGGCCGCGGCGACAUGCGAUCGAUGCGGAAAAAUAUUUCAGAACAAGAGCAACUUGAAAAUACACAUGCUGACUCACAGCGGCGUGAAACCGUUUAAAUGCAAAGAGAACGGCUGCAAGGCGGCUUUUACCACGAAGCAGUGUUUGCAAUUUCAUUAUAAAAAGGUGCACGGUCUCACGCAAGAAAUGAUGCCCAAAAUCGAAAGAUCCGUGGCGUAUACUUUCGACGCGUACAGCGGAGGUCUUGUAGAAGACGUGCCCUGUGCAAGAAGUAUUUACAGCAGAAGAAACUCGCAAGACAACAGCAACGGUUUACCAUCUCUCGAUGAGUGCAAUUCGGAGAGUAGCUCGAAGGCUGAAACGUCGGCGCCAACGAAUUCCACUUACAGCGCCAUUACAGAUUCGUUACGAAAUGAAACAACAAAUGCUACAAAGUACAAAGCGGAACAACAAGAGGCUCAGGUUCCAACUUCGUCGCCGCAGACAACUACGUCUCUAGCCGCGGGACUUGAUACGACAAUAGAAAACAUACGAACGGAAGUUGAUCUGUACAGCACAUCGAGAGUGCAAAGUAAGGGCAGCAAAAAGUGGCUAGGUGAAUUCAAUCCGUCGCCUACGUCCGAUAUCGCCAACGCCGCUGUCAGUCAUUUACCGACGGUUUCGGUGCAAUCUUCCGAUGUUUAUGACUUCGAAAGUGGUAGGAAGGACAGUGACAGCGAGAAAGCAAUAUCGCGCACUAGCACGACAGUGAUACCGAGUUUAAUAGAUAGCAAUAAGUUGGACCUGAACGUAUAUCGCAGAACGGAGAGCGCGAACGCGAGUAUGUUGGUCGAGGCGGCGCUAGAUGCUGCUGAAAGGGAUAUAGGUAGAGCAGUGUCCAGCCCGAUUCUGGAGGACACCAAUCGCGAGGCCAAUCUUUAUUCGAUUUCGAACCACUUGCAAUCGCCGCUACCGCAUUCACGGUCACCGAAUCAUUUGGACUCGUACAUUCAGCAGCAGGAAGAAUUAAUAUCGCCCGCGCCGACGCCGGAUGACCGACAUACAUCUCCCACUCAUUUGCAUGUGGACUGCCACUUACACCGACCGGUCGAUUAUAUCAACACUUCACGAACGCAUAGCGUCGAGCAGUACAUACAUCACGAAGAACUGCCGCGCGUUUCGCCGAAUUACAUACACAUGCAACAGGAAGAUCUGGUUUCACCGUCGGCCACUCCGAACUCCCGUUAUCAGGAAGUGUAUCAUCAUCAUCAAGUGCCGACGGAUAAUUUGUCGAGCGACGAGGGCGACUCGGUAGCGCAGAAUCUCAGUCUGUCGUCGGUGAAAGAAAAGGCGUUGCAACUGGACCUAUCGACAUCGUACAAAUAUGACUCGCUCGAGCAAGAUUUUUCUCGGGAAAGAUCGCACUUCGAGCCAUUGGUACUCAAUAGUGGCGAGCUUCAAGGUCUGGAUAUGUCAGCCAGAAGUUUUCAUCAUAGUUUUGGCGCUCAAAUGCAAAACACGCGCUAUCAUCAUCAUCAUCAUCAUCUCUACGACAUCGGUGAGAGACAGAGUGUGGAUCUGAGCAGAACAAGUAGCUAUUCCAUGUCGUCACCUCCGCCGCCGCCACCUCCACCUUAUCCGCACAGCGACGUUCUGCGAGUGGUCAGCUUGGAUCUGACGCCCGGCGGUAGGCACAGCGUCGAUCUGAGUCUCUCCAGGACGCAUCAUUUGCACGGAACCGGCACUCGGGUGAUUACUAGUCCACAACCGGCUGGCUCGGCUACAACGCACGUGGUACCUGAUGCCGGCGAAGGUCGAAUGUUGUCCCCGCCACCACCUCCUCUGUCAGGAUACAAUCCCGGUUAUCCUGUGAGCCCGGCUCCGUAUCAUCCUCCGAGAUCUGGAUACCAUCAUUAUCCCGGUUAUUAUUGAUGAUUGUUGUUGACAUUUGUAAAUACCGUGAUGGUAUGUAAAUUUAUAUUUUCUCGGCAACUUUUUUGUUUUAAUUAUAUGCUCACGUAUCAGGGCUCCAAGGUUCGUUUGAAUGUGACGUUGUUCGAAUAUUCGAAUCGCGGAUACUAGAGACAAAUAAAAAGAAAUCAAAACUCAAAUAUAUCAAACCGACUGUAAAGAAAAAAUUAUUCAACGUACAAAUCUGGGAAAAUAUUUAACGUCUAAAUUAUGAAUUUUGACGCUAAGAUUUUUUUUUUCUACUACAGAUUAUGUCUGAAUAUUUCGAAUAUGCGAGAAUUCGAGUUUUUGAAUCACUAUUGAUCUCGGAUAACACUUGGAAGCCCCAUCACACAUUCUUAUUCUGUUAUUUUAAGCAAAGUUAUUUUUCACAUAAUUACUAGUAGUUUUAAAUAUUUGUAUAUUGUUUCUCUUUUUUACGUUGUGAUAUAUAUAUACUCAAAUCGCAGAUGGAAACUGCCAUAUUCGUACGUCGUUUUUCAAGUUUUGCAGCGCAAGAUAAUACGUUCUCUCGUAAUAGAUUUACUAUUUAAGUCGGAGAUACAACAGACAGACAUGAGAUCGGAGAAAAUUGACGUUGAAAAGAAAUUUUUUCGACUAAGAAUCUUGGUAAUAAAGUCGGUAUCAAGAAAUGAUGCGGUAGCGUUUCGUGACAAGUAUACAUAUUGUAAAGAACAUUCUCUCGGGACAGAGACGCUGCUGUAUCUCUCAGGAAGGGAGACGCCUUUUGUUUUUGUUUUUUUUUUUUUUGUUUAGAAAUAAUUGUGCAUUAUUCAAUUGUACGCGAAUGGUUUUAAAUGACAUUCAAAAAAUACGGUAAAAUACUUUAUAAAAAGUAUACAUACGACUAUCCAUGACUUUCAGAUAGAGAAGGUGUGUGCGUGAGAGAGCAAGAAUAUGAGAAGUAGAAUGACAAAGAAGAGAGAGAGAGUGAGAAGAAGCAAG